GGCGCUUAAACCGCCUCCUAUUCCAUUUCCAACCCGGAUACUGAAACAACAAAAACAACAGAGAGUUUAAUUUCUAUGAAGAUUUUGAUAUUUUUCUCUUUGUGUUAUGUGUUCUCUCAGUAAUUCACUGAUAGUUGAGUGCUUGUUCUCAUGGUGAUUUCAUCGACGAUAGAGCUGUGAUUGGUUCAUUGAUUUGGAGCUCGAGGGAUUGAUCUGAUUUCUAAUUGAUUCAGUUGGUUUACACUCGUUGUUUCAGUUUUAUAUUGAUUAAUUUUGGAGAAAUGGAUCUAUAUGUGCUCAAGUUUGGGUUUUUGGAUGGAUCAAUGGUUUUUUAGGGCUUUUUCUUGGAGAUCUAUUUGACUAAACAACUGUACACUGUUUUAAUUGUUUUUUAAUCAGUUUGAGUCUUCGUAUUUGAUGAUCAUUAUAUAAAAUCAAUUUCCAGGGAAAUUGAAUCAUGAACAAAUUUGUUUAAAACCUGGUCAAUUCUAGGGAAACCAUUGAUUAUUUCAGCGUUUUGAUCCAGGGCUGUUGCAUUGAGCAGAUGACCUCAGGGUAAAUAGACUCUAAUUUAAAAAUGGAAGACUCACCAGACCCUGACCCGAUCAGGACCGUAGGUGCUGAUGAAAUCAAACGGCUAGAAGGUGAUGAGCCCUUGUUUUCCCAUUCUGGCGCUGAGAACUGGAAUGGAUCGGUUUGUCGAUCUGAAGAAGACCAAUUUGAACAAGUCUCAUUAAGGGACCAAGAGAGAAUCACAUCAGAAACUGUAGGCAAAGAUGAUUCGAUUUGUUCCUCUGUUUCUGAUUCGAUUAGUCUGGUUUCAGGCAAUGAAGAGGUAUCUAAUUCAUCUACCGGGAGAGGAUUAGGAGAAAUUGAAGCAUCAUCAGUUGAGAUGCAGGGUGAUUAUAGCUCAAGUCCUGUUUUGAGGCUAUCGUCCUCCUCUGUGAGCUUCGAUUCCCCCGUGGUUUCACCUCAAAAGCUCAGAUCCAAGCCCACCAUGCCCAACGUGUCACCAGAGCUUAUACUCUUAGUGGAAUCAGCCAUACAAGGAGAUUCCUCCAGCUUGGAGAGAUUGAGAGCUAUAGUUAGUGGGGAUGAGAGCUCUGUGAUAGAAGAGGAGAGAGAAAGCAUCUCGAGAUUGGUGGUUGAUGUGCUUUUAGCUACAAUGGGUGGCAUUGAAGGUUUUGAUGAUCAUGGGGAUAAUGGUAACCCACCGAGUGUGAUGCUUAAUGCGCAGGCAGCUGUUGUUUCAGCUAUGCUAAUUCCAUGGCUCCCAUGUGCAGGAGACACUGGAAGUCAUCUGUCUCCAAGGAGUCGAAUGGUUAAGGGUUUGUCCAUGAUUUUGAGGGCUUGCACUCGCAACAGGUCAAUGUGUUCGGUUGCUGAUCUGCUUCCAGCCCUUUUGUCAUCUAUAGAGAGGCUCUUAGUAGAAGAUCUUAAUUUCGAGUUUUGGGAAUCUGGUCCUUUGUUCCAGUGCGUUCAAUUGUUGGGUUCUCACUCUAUGAGCGUAACCCACUUGAAACAGUGGCUCCAAGUGGUGAGCAACACCAUUUCGACUGGUAGAGCAAAGCAUAUGAUGCUUUCCUUGGAAAAGGCAAUGGGUGGGAUGGAGGCCAAGGGCCCAACGUGUACAUUUGAGUUUGAUGGUGAAAGCUCGGGCUUGUUGGGUCCAGGAGAGAGUCGAUGGCCCUUCUCUAAUGGCUAUGCCUUUGUUACGUGGCUUUAUAUUGAAUCAUUUGCUGACACUUUGAAUACAGCUGCAGCAGCAGCUGCCAUUGCGGCUGCUGCUGCUGCUAAGUCUGGGAAAUCGUCGGCCAUGUCAGCUGCAGCUGCUGCAAGUGCUUUGGCUGGUGAGGGAACUGCCCAUAUGCCUCGACUCUUUAGUUUUCUAUCAGCUGAUAACCAAGGUGUUGAAGCUUACUUCCAUGGCCAGUUUUUGGUGGUUGAAAGUGGGAGUGGAAAGGGUAAGAAGGCCUCUCUGCAUUUUACCUAUGCUUUCAAGUCUCAGUGUUGGUAUUUUAUUGGUUUGGAGCACACCCACAAGCAAAAUUUGUUGGGUAAAGCAGAGAGUGAGCUGAGAUUGUAUAUUGAUGGAUAUUUGUAUGAGAGCCGCCCUUUUGAGUUCCCUCGUAUCUCUAAGCCACUUGCCUUUUGUUGUAUUGGAACAAAUCCCCCUCCUACCAUGGCUGGUUUGCAAAGGCGUCGGCGCCAGUGCCCGCUCUUUGCUGAGAUGGGUCCAAUAUACAUUUUCAAGGAGCCGAUUGGUCCUGAAAGAAUGGAGCGUUUGGCUGCAAGGGGUGGAGAUGUGUUACCUUCUUUUGGGAAUGGUGCAGGCUUACCAUGGAUAGCAACAAAUCAGCAUUUGAGAUUAUUGGCAGAGGAGAGCUUUGUGUUGGACUCGGAGAUUGGAGGAAAGCUUCACCUUCUCUAUCACCCAAAUUUGCUGAGUGGGCGUCACUGUCCUGAUGCCUCUCCUUCUGGUGCAGCAGGUACACAUAGGAGACCUGCCGAGGUUCUGGGCCAAGUUCAUGUUGCAACUCGUAUGCGCCCCAUAGAGGCAUUGUGGGCCACAGGUGGUCCAAUGUCCUUGCUUCCACUAGUCGUUAGCAACGUACAAAGUGAUACCCUCGAGCCUCUGCCUGGCAAGUUCCCUUUAUCUCUGGCAACAACCUCUCUCGCUGGACCGAUAUUCAGAAUUAUAUCAAUGGCAAUCCAACACCCUGGUAAUAAUGAGGAGCUAUGUCGUGGUCAUGGACCUGAGGUUUUGGCCCGACUUCUCAGGUACCUUCUCCUUACUUUGUCAUCUUUGGAUCUUGAAAAGAAAACUGGUGUCAGGGAUGAGGAACUUGUUGCAGCGAUUGUGUCAUUGUGCCAAUCUCAAAAAAGUAAUCCUGCUCUCAAGGUGCAAUUGUUCAGUAAUUUGCUUUUGGAUUUGAAGAUGUGGAGUUCAUGUAGUUAUGGGCUCCAGAAAAAGCUUCUCUCUUCCCUUGCUGACAUGGUUUUCUCUGAGUCAUCGACGAUGAGGGAUGCUAAUGCUGUCCAGAUGCUUUUAGAUGGAUGCCGGCGUUGCUAUUGGGUUGUUCGUGAAACCGAUUCAGUAAGUACAUUUUCACUGCAUGAAACAUCGCGGCUAGUUGGUGAAGUGAAUGCUUUGGUUGAUGAGCUUUUAGUGGUUGUUGAACUGCUAGUUGGAGCUUCACCUGCCGAAAUGGCUGUUAGUGAUGUUCGGUGUUUAAUCAGCUUUUUGGUAGAUUGUCCACAACCAAAUCAGGUAGCCAGGGUAUUGCAUCUCAUUUAUAGGCUGGUUGUGCAGCCAAAUACCUCACGUGCUCAGACAUUUGCGGAGUCAUUUUUGUCAUCUGGGGGCAUCGAAACCCUGCUUGUCCUUCUUCAGCGUGAAGCAAAAGCUGGUAACAGGGGAGUUUCUUCAGAUUCACAAAUACAUGAUGCCAAGAACACAUUCGAUCAGGAGCUCGAGCAAGAAAAUAUAGCUAUGCCAGAUAAAAGCCAGGAUGACUUAGACUCAAAAAGCCAGGAUGACUUAAGCCCUUCGGGGGAGAUAGAGGUGGAAUCUGUUCCUCUUGUAGAUUCUGAAUUGCAGCCCCUCCAUAGUGAAAGCAGCCCCGAAAAGCUACCUUUGGGUACAGACAUAGGAAGAAUGGCAUCCUUAUCUGAGAGCUUUAUAGCCAAGAAUUUGGGUGGCAUAAACCUCUCAAUAAGUGCUGAGAGUGCGAGAAAUAACGUUUACAAUGUUGAUGAUGGUGAUGGAAUUGUUGUAGGAAUUAUCAGCCUUCUUGGAGCUCUAGUGACAUCUGGAUAUUUAAAAUUUACUUCAUAUACUGCAACAUCAGCAUUGCCCAAUAACAUUUUGGGAAAUGAAGCACCAGAAGAAGGCAGCUCCAUGUUUGCAGAUAAAAUUUCUUUGCUUUUAUUUGCCUUGCAAAAAGCUUUUCAAGCAGCACCAGAGAGGCUGAUGACAAACACUGUUUAUGUGGCUUUAGUGGGUGCUUCGAUCAAUGCCUCUUCAUCAGAUGAUGGUCUAAACCUUUAUGAUUCUGGUCAUCGCUUUGAGCAUGUUCAACUUUUGUUGGUUCUCCUUCGCUCGCUUCCAUAUGCACCUGGGCCUUUGCAAAUUCGAGCAAUACAGGAUCUUCUGUUUUUGGCUUGCAGUCAUCCAGAAAAUAGAAGCAGCCUUACUGCUAUGGAAGAAUGGCCUGAAUGGAUUUUGGAGGUUCUUAUAUCAAAUUAUGAGAUGGGUUCAAGCAAAUCGUCAAAUGAUCCAAGCGUUGGAGAAAUAGAGGACCUCAUACAUAACUUUCUGAUUAUCAUGCUAGAGCAUUCAAUGCGCCUGAAAGAUGGGUGGAAGGAUAUCGAAGCAACCCUUCACUGUGCCGAAUGGUUAUCUAUGGUUGGAGGAUCUAGUGCUGGAGAGCAACGGAUAAGACGUGAAGAAUCAUUGCCUAUCUUCAAGAGAAGGCUUUUGGGUGGAUUACUUGACUUUGCAGCAAGAGAACUACAAGUUCAGCAGACUCAAGUAAUUGCAGCUGCAGCUGCUGGUGUUGCAGCUGAAGGGUUAUCGCCACAAGUUGCAAAAAUGGAAGCAGAAUCUGCUGCUCAACUUUCUGUGGCUCUGGCAGAGAAUGCAAUUGUAAUUCUGAUGCUUGUGGAGGAUCAUUUAAGAUUGCAAAGCCAGGUUUUUACUUCUUCACAAUCUGUUGAAGGUUCAGGCUCUCCUGUUUCUGUUGCUUGGUCCAGUGGCAGCCGCUCAAACUCAUUGAGUAAAUCAACGUUAGAAUCUUCAGAGACUUUAGGAUCUCGUAGACAAUCUUCAUCAAGUGAUUCUGGAGGUCUUUCUCUUGAUGUACUUGCUUCAAUGGCUGAUGCUAAUGGGCAAAUUUCUGCAGUUGCUAUGGAGCGCCUUACAGCAGCAGCUGCUGCAGAGCCUUAUGAAUCUGUUCGAUGUGCUUUUGUUUCCUAUGGCAGCUGUGCUUUAGAUCUGGCAGAAGGUUGGAAAUAUAGGAGCAGGAUGUGGUAUGGGGUUGGCCUUUCCUCAAAGAAUACAACAUUUGGUGGUGGUGGUAGUGGCUGGGAAUCUUGGGAUGCUGCCUUAGAAAAGGAUGCUAAUGGAAAUUGGAUUGAGCUUCCUUUAGUGAAAAAGUCGGUUGCUAUGCUUCAAGCCUUAUUAUUAGAUGAAUGUGGACUUGGUGGUGGCUUGGGGAUUGGUGGGGGUUCUGGUACUGGAAUGGGAGGAAUGACUGCUCUCUAUCAGCUGCUGGACAGUGACCAACCGUUUUUAUGCAUGCUUCGAAUGGUACUUGUCUCCAUGAGGGAAGAAGAUAAUGGUGAAGAUGGAAUUUUUGUGAGGAAUGUCAGCGUCAAAGGUGAUAUAAGUGAAGGCUUAUCAUGGCAAUCAAGUAGCACUCCAUCAUUGGAAAACAGUAGAAGCUUAUCAACAAGAAAACCACGCUCAGCAUUGCUGUGGAGCGUGCUUGCGCCUGUUCUAAAUAUGCCCAUUGCAGAGUCAAGAAGACAAAGAGUGUUGGUUGCUUCCUGUAUGCUUUAUUCAGAAGUGUAUCAUGCAGUUGGCAGGGACAAAAAGACCCUCCGUAAGCAGUACCUGGAGGCAAUAUUACCUCCUUUUGUUGCCAUUCUCAGGCGUUGGAGGCCCCUUUUGGCAGGAAUUCAUGAGCUUACCUCCUCGGAUGGAUUGAAUCCUCUUAUUGUUGAUGACCGUGCUUUGGCUGCAGAUGCACUGCCUCUUGAGGCUGCUAUUGCAAUGAUAUCUCCUGGUUGGGCAGCUGCCUUUGCCUCCCCUCCAGCUGCCAUGGCUCUGGCAAUGAUAGCUGCUGGAGCUGCAGGUGGUGAAACUGUUCCCCCUACCAGAAAUGCAUCCCUUAGGCGUGACUCGUUUGUGCUUGAGCGCAAAACUGGGAGGCUCCACAAUUUUGCAAGCUUCCAGAAACCCUCUGAGCCAACUGCUAAGACCCCACCUGUUCCUAAGGACAAGGCUGCUGCUAAGGCUGCUGCAUUGGCUGCUGCUCGUGACCUUGAGCGCAAUGCCAAGAUUGGGUCUGGUAGAGGACUCAGUGCAGUUGCCAUGGCAACAUCAGCACAAAGGAGGACUCUAAGCGAUACUGAGCGUGUGAAAAGGUGGAACAUGUCUGAAGCCAUGGCGUCGGCUUGGUUGGAAUGCCUUCAAUCUGUUGAUACGACAUCAGUUUCUGGUAAAGAUUACUCAGCUCUUGCGUAUAAAUAUGUUGCUGUCCUAGUAGCAACAUUUGCUUUAGCGAGGAACCUUCAACGAGUGGAGAUUGAUAGGCGGUCACAAGUUGCUUUGGUGGAUGGGCAUAGAACAUGUGUUGGGGUGGGUGCAUGGUGCAAAGUCGUCCACUGCUUAAUGGAAAUAAGUGCUCUUUUUGGGCCUCUUAAGAGCAGUCUAAGUAGUCGUGAUCAAGUUUUCUGGAAGUUAGAUUUUAUGGAGAAUUCUCUAAGAAUGCGGCGAUGUUUGAGAAGAAACUAUAAGGGGUCUGAUCAUGGGGGUGCAUCUGCAAACUAUGAGGAUCAUCCACAGCCACUAAAAACUGAUGAAAACAAUGUGGUCUCUGAUGCUAAUGAUAAAGAUGUAUCAUUUGCAGGAAACUUGCCGUCAAAUGCUUCUAUUUUUAUUCCGGAAGCUAUCUCUUUGGAGGAAGGCCACGAGGAUGAAGAAAGGAUAGAGACUGAGAACUUUGAGGAUAAUGCGUAUGGCAUAGAAAUGGAGGGAAACAGCCAGCAAAGGCUUUCUGAAACUGUUGACAAACAUGUCUAUAGUGUAGCGGAGUCAAGUAAUUCUGAAAUACCUGGCGAGGCACGUUUUGGAGAUGGUGGAUCAGCCCUACUACCUGGAUAUGUGCUUGGUGAAGUAGAUGAAAGGAUUAUACUUGAAGUUUCUUCUUCCAUGGUUCGGCCAUUGCAUGUUAUUCGUGGAACCUUCCAAAUAUCUACAAAGAGAAUCAACUUCAUUGUGGAAGCAUACGUUGACAGCAAUUCAGGAGAGGAUUGGUUGGACCAAAGGCAAGAGAACAAAAACAAAAAAAAAGGUUGGAGCUGGUCGAUCUCUUCCCUUCAUCAAGUAUUCAGCAGGCGGUACCUUCUCAGGAGAAGUGCGCUAGAACUGUUCAUGGUUGACAAAUCAAACUUCUUCUUUGAUUUUGGGAGUGCUGAGGGGCGUAGAAAUGCUUAUCGAGCUAUUGUUCAAGCUCGGCCUCCUCACUUAAACAACAUCUACUUAGCAACACAGAGACCUGACGUGCUUCUCAAGAGAACUCAACUAAUGGAACGGUGGGCUAGAUGGGAGAUCAGCAAUUUUGAAUAUCUAAUGGAACUGAACACACUAGCUGGGCGUAGUUACAAUGACAUCACCCAGUAUCCUGUUUUUCCUUGGAUUCUUGCCGAUUACCACUCUGAGGACCUGGACCUUGGGGAUCCUUCAUCUUACAGGGAUCUUUCAAAACCUAUAGGCGCAUUGAAUGCUGAUCGUCUAGAAAAAUUUCAAGAGCGAUACUCCAGUUUUGACGAUCCCAUUAUCCCAAAAUUUCACUAUGGUUCACAUUACUCCAGUGCUGGAACAGUUUUGUACUAUCUCAUUCGCUUGGAACCCUUUACUACACUUUCUAUUCAACUGCAAGGUGGCAAAUUUGAUCAUGCCGAUCGAAUGUUUUCCGAUAUAGCCUCUACUUGGAAAGGUGUUCUAGAGGACAUGAGUGACAUGAAAGAGCUCGUUCCAGAGUUGUUUUAUCUUCCUGAGGCUUUAAUAAAUGAGAACAAUAUUGAUUUCGGCAUGACUCAACUUGGAGGGAAACUUGAUUCUGUUAGGCUACCACCUUGGGCUAAAAGCCCAGUCGAUUUUGUACAUAAACAUCGCCUGGCUCUAGAGAGUGAGCACGUCUCUGCCCACUUGCAUGAAUGGAUUGACCUUAUAUUCGGGUACAAACAAAGAGGAAAAGAAGCAAUUUCAGCCAAUAAUGUGUUUUUCUACAUUACAUAUGAAGGAGCUGUUGACAUCGAUAAAAUUGAGGACCCAGUGUUGCAGCGGGCUACACAGGACCAGAUAGCUUACUUUGGGCAAACUCCUUCCCAACUGCUUACUGUUCCACACCUGAAGAAGAAGCCUUUAAAUGAUGUUCUACAUCUGCAGACCAUCUUUCGAAAUCCUACAGAGAUUAGACCAUAUGAGGUUCCUCAUCCCGAGCGCUGCAAUGUGCCUGCUUCUUCUAUAUUUGCCUCAACAGAUUCUAUCGUUACUGUAGAUGCAAAUGUUCCAGCUGCUCAUGUUGCUUUGCAUAAAUGGCAACCAAAUACCCCAGAUGGCCAUGGCACUCCAUUCUUAUUCCAACAUGGAAAAGGUGUAGGGAGUUCCAGUGGUGGAGCUUUUAUGCGCAUGUUCAAGGGGCAGCCUGGAUCUGGUUCUGAGGAAUGGCAGUUUCCUAGGGCACUUGCCUUUGCAGCUUCCGGAAUCAGAAGCUCAGCUGUUGUUGCCAUCACAAGUGAUAAAUAUGUCAUCACUGGUGGGCAUGCAGAUAACACAGUGAAGUUGAUCUCAUCAGAUGGUGCCAAGACAAUCGAGAGUGCAUCAGGCCAUUGCGCUCCUAUUACCUGCCUUUCACUUUCUCCUGACGGCAAUACUCUUGUGACUGGGUCUCGUGACACAACUGCCAUAGUUUGGCGUAUGCAUCGGUCCUCCCCUUCUCUCUCUAGCACCCUUGCAGACUCUUCCAUGAACACAUCAUCAACUUCAAGCCCCAAAAGUGUGGGUCCUACUGCUACUUAUGACCAUAGCAGGAAGCACCACAUUGAGGGCCCAAUGCAAGUGUUAAGAGGCCAUUGUAGCGAGUUGGUUUGUUGUUGUAUCAAUUCAGACCUUGGUAUCGUUGUUUCUUGUUCUCAUGACUCGGGUGUUCUUCUCCAUUCCAUUAGAAGGGGUCGGCUGAUGAGGAGACUGGGUGCUCUAGAAGCCCAUGCAGUGUCUCUGUCAUCGGAUGGGGUGAUAAUUAUAUGGAACAGGUUGGAGAAAAAGCUGAGCACCUUUACCAUUAAUGGAAUCCCUAUUGCCUCAACGUUCUUCCCUUCAACAUUUUUGGGGGACAUCAGUUGCAUUGAGAUUUCAGUGGAUGGGGAAACUGCUCUUAUUGGAACUACCUCACGAUCGGAUGUCAGAGAGAGAAAGAGUACUGAUGCAUCGAUUGAUGGAAAACAAGAAUUUCAAAGAGUAGAACUCCCCACCCAAGUGGCUGGAAAGGAUCGAAACACAAUAAGUGUUUUGGUGCCUUCCAUUUGCUUCGUGGAUAUGUACACAUUGAAGGUAUUUCACACACUAGAAUUAAAAGACGGGCAAGAUAUCACAGCCAUGACCCUGAACAAUGACAACACGAAUCUGGUGGUGUCGACCGCAGAUAAACAGUUGUUGAUCUUCACCAAUCCUGCUUUGAGUUUGAAGGUGGUUGAUCUAAUGCUUCGUCUUGGCUGGGAAGGUGAUGGGCUUAGUCCUCUGAUUAAAUAAAGGGAAGCUCUUGAAUUUUGUUGGAACAAGAGAAACAGUAGAGGCAAGCAUCCGGGCUGAUAUUCAUAAUUCUACAACACCUGAUUGAGGAAAUUUUUUGAUUGUAUCUUGUACAUACGCUAUGUAUCAUAGGGCAUUGGCCCUUUCCUUGGUUUGCAUGCAGUUGUGCAGAAUUUUGAUUUUUCCAUUUCUUUGUCAGCCCAAAAUUCCUUUAUUGUAUGAUAUCAGUCUGAUUAGGCUGAGUUGAAAGAAUGAUCCCGCUUCAUUCUUAACUUGA